AUGCCUAGAUCACCUUCACCAGAUUACCGAAGAGAGAGAGAUAGGGACAGAGAUAGAGACAGACGAGAUAGGGACAAAGAGAGAGACAGAUACAAAGAUAGAGACGAUGAUCGGAAAGCAUCUAGCUCAAGACGGGAUGAAAGGGAUAGAGAUGGUGACAGAUCGAGGAGAGACGAUAGGGAUAGAGACAGAGAGAGGAGAAAAAAUAGAUAUGACGAUGAUAGAGAUAGGAGGGAUAAGAAACGGGAUAGGAGUAGGAGUAGGAGUAGGGACAGGAGUCAUAAGAAGGACAAGAAACGGAAAGACUCUCGAAGCCCCUCACCUUCCGCCAAAAGUAAACGGAAAGAAGCCAAAGCAGCUGCCAAAGCCGCUGCUCGACGAGAAGCCGAACUUGAACAAUCCCGUGCUCUAGCAGAACUGUCGAUGUACAGUGCGACCGAUAACCCCUUCCACGAUGCGAAUUUAGGUGAACAGUUCAAAUGGGGUAAGAAGAUCGACAAGGAGAAGAAAAUGGGUAUGACGACUGAGGAGAUCGCUCGAAAAGAUGCAAUCAGACGACAAGAGGCUAAAGAGGAAUUGGAGAGGCUGAACAAAAAAAGAGCAGAGAGAGAGGUAGAAAUGCAAUUGAGAGAAGAAGAGGAAAAUAGGUUAAAGAGAUUGGCAGAAGAUGAACAGAUGAAAGAAUGGAUUGAGAAAGAAGAUGAUUUCCAAUUGGAACAAUCUAGACGAAGAGCAGGUAUAAGAUUAAGGGAACAAAGAGCGAAAGCGAUCGAUUUCUUAGCUAUCAACUUGAGAUUUGCCGAUCCAAAGUCAGUUGGUAUGAAUAUGUCUAGUGCCAUUGGUGCGUUGACAAAUCCAAAGAAAGGAGAGGUAGAGAGGGAACAGGAAGAAGAAAAUUGGGGUUGGGCAGAUGCAGGAUUCGAAUUUGAGAUUGACGAGCCAUGGAAAAUAUUCGAUAAUUUGAAUCUUGAAGAUUGCGUGGAAUUGGAACAUGAUAUCAAGAUGUAUUUGAGUUUGGAGAAAUCACCUAUUAAUAUCGAAUUUUGGGAGGCAAUGCAAGUAGUCUGCACCUACCACCUCGAGAAUCUUCGUGAUCCGGAUCACGCAGAAGGUGGACGAUUAUUUGACAAAGAAGUUGACGAAUCGGCCAGUAAUAUAGUAUCUGGGCUGAGUCUUCAGCGAUUGGUCGAAUUAGAAAACAGGACCAAUGCGAUGCUGAGAAGUGGGCAACCUGUCGAUGGGGAGUUUUGGGAUCUGGUUCUGAGGAAGAUUCACGUCGAAAAAGCUAUUGCUAAACUCAACUCGAUCCACGAAGUCGUCCUGAAGAACCGAUUGGAGCAAUUCAAGCGACGACAACGAGAAGACGCAGCCAAGGUCCAAGCUGAAUUGGGAGGAGUCAUCGUCAACAAGAACGAGCAAUUCGGUGGUGAUAUCCAUGCUGAUAUUGGUGACCAAGAUGAAGGUGAAGAUGGUGAAGAUAUUGACGUCGAUGAUGACGAAGAUGAUUACGUGGAACCAUAUGAGAGGGAAAUGUCACCUCUGCCUGCCGAUCCGAAGACCAUGGUCUUGGAUGAGAGGAGAUUACCUAUUGUUGAUGAGGAGGAUGAAAUGCGAGCACUAUUCGCUGCAAGACGAUCCAUCACCUCUUCAGGCUUCGUACCCAAAUAUGCUAGACCAUCCGCGACCACCAUUGAAUCAGUGUCCCGACCCUCUGCAGCAGACUUGGAAGCAGAAAGGAUCUACCGGGCCGAAGCGGAGAAAGAAAUGCGAGAUUACGGUUCGGACGAAGAUGAUGAAGAGUUUGGCGAUUUGGACAAUGGUUUGGAUGUUCCUGGCACAUACGAUUGGUCAGAUAGAUAUCGACCUAGGAAACCUAGAUUCUUCAAUAGGGUUCAUACAGGUUACGAGUGGAGUAAAUACAAUCAAACUCAUUAUGAUUCCGAUAAUCCUCCCCCGAAAGUGGUUCAGGGUUAUAAAUUCAAUAUAUUCUAUCCUGAUCUGAUUGAUAAAUCCAAAGCACCCACGUACUACCUCAAACCCAUCCCGGACGAUCCAGAAACUACCAUGAUUGUCUUCACCGCUGGACCGCCGUAUGAGGAUAUUGCUUUCAGGAUCGUCAGAAGACCGUGGGAGUAUUCACAUAGGAAAGGAUUCAGGAGUACGUUUGACAGAGGUGUACUGCAAUUGUACUUCAACUUCGGAAGAACGUUCUACAGGAAAUAG